UAUUUGGUCGAUUCUGGCUUUCCGUGAGCAGUGAAGCUGUGAUGAGAUAAAUAAGGGAGGUUAUAAAUAAAGCCCAGCUAAGGCCAGCUCAGCUCAGUUCAGCCCAGCCUGACUGAGAGACACAGGGACAGAAUGGCGUCUACUAGCCGUGCAGAUGCUCUCCCCAGGGUGCAAUGCCCCAAUCACCCCGAGGCUAUACUGGUGGAGGACUACAGAGCAGGGGAUAUGAUCUGUCCAGAAUGUGGCCUGGUAGUAGGUGAUCGCGUUAUUGAUGUGGGUUCCGAGUGGAGGACGUUCACAAAUGAAAAAGCCACUAAAGACCCGUCCCGUGUGGGAGACGCGCAGAAUCCUCUGCUGAAUGGAGGAGAUCUCACUACCAUGAUCAGCAAGGGAACGGGAGCAGCAAGUUUUGACGAGUUUGGCAACUCCAAGUACCAGAACCGUAGAACCAUGAGCAGCUCUGACAGAGCCAUGCUAAAUGCCUUCAAAGAGAUCAGCACCAUGGCUGACCGCAUCAACCUGCCCAGAAACAUUGUAGAUCGUACAAAUAACUUAUUUAAGCAGGUUUAUGAGCAGAAGAGCCUUAAGGGUAGGAGUAAUGAUGCGAUCGCCUCGGCCUGCCUCUACAUCGCCUGCAGACAGGAGGGCGUGCCCAGAACUUUUAAAGAGAUCUGUGCCGUGUCCCGUAUUUCGAAGAAGGAGAUUGGUCGAUGCUUUAAGCUGAUUCUGAAGGCCCUGGAGACGAGUGUGGACCUGAUCACCACGGGAGACUUCAUGUCCCGCUUCUGCUCCAACCUGGGGCUGCCCAAACAGGUUCAGAUGGCCGCCACCUACAUCGCCCGUAAGGCGGUGGAGCUGGACCUGGUGCCGGGCCGCAGCCCCAUCUCUGUGGCAGCAGCCGCCAUUUACAUGGCCUCUCAGGCCUCGGCCGAGAAGAAGACGCAGAAAGAAAUCGGAGAUAUCGCAGGAGUGGCCGACGUGACUAUCCGCCAAUCUUACCGUCUGAUCUACCCGCGAGCUGCUGACCUCUUCCCUCCCGACUUCAAAUUCGACACACCAGUGGACAAACUGCCUCAGCUGUGAAAUACACACACACACAUCUACACAUACACAUACACAUGCGCGCACACACACACACACAUCUACACUUACUGCUCUUUAUUCUAGGAUGUUGUUUUUGUUGUUGUUGGAUUGAGAAGGUUUGAGGUGAUGUUCAGCCUUUCAGGAGGCGCAGGGCAGGGAUUGAACGCAGCACAGCGGACACAUUCCAAGGUUUAACACAGAUUAAAACCUGUACUUAACCCAAAUCCAUUCGAGUGUAUAUAUAUUGUAUAUAUGUCCAAGUGAGGAUUUAAUUUGUGGUUGCAUUUAUGCGGAUUUCAUACUGUAAUCAUUUUCUUUUGUAGGAAAUGAGUGAGUUAUUUUGUUAGCGUGUUUGCAUUCUAUUAAGUAAUUUAAACAAUAAAUGCUUUUUAAAAAAGCAUGUUGGAAAUCUCGUGAAUUAAAACAACAAAUUAAAUAAAUGUGUGAUUGAAGCAUUUGAAUAAGUUGAUGAUGUAACUGUACCACGAGAAUGGCAUUUAAACUUCUUUAUUUCCUCUCUGAA